AGUCAACUCAAACAAGUUGAAACUGAAAUACAUGUUUUCUCUUUUCUAUCAAUCUCCAUCUCUAUUAAUUGUACUCCUUUGCAAUUACUUUGUACAAACAAAGCUCAUUCAUCAUUCUUUUCAGGAAAAUGGCAAAGAACCCCGUCAAAUACUCUGUGGUGGAUGCUUUCACUGACUCAGCAUUCAAGGGAAACCCAGCUGCUGUUUUGUUGCUAGAGGAAGAAAAGGACGAGCAAUGGUUGCGAUCCGUGGCGGCCGAGUUCAACAUCUCCGAAACCUGUUAUCUGACUCGGCUCACUCACUCCGACUCUUCAGUUCCAAGGUUUCAUCUUAGAUGGUUCACUCCCGUUGAUGAGGUUAACCUUUGUGGGCAUGCAACACUAGCUGCUGCACACACUCUCUUUACAUCUGGAGAAGUAGAUUCAAACAUUAUUGAGUUUGUCACACUGUCUGGGAUUCUAACUGCUAAAAGAAUUGUAGAGAGAUCUGAUAUUGAUACACACAAAGGCUUCUUUAUUGAGUUGAACUUUCCCACUGAUCCCAUCACCGAAGUCGUUUCUGCUGAAGACUCAAUCUUGAUAUCUAAAGCAUUGGGUGGUGCUACUGUGAUCAAUACAAGGAUAACAACCUCGACUAAGAUCAUUGCUGUGGUCCCAUCAGCAAAAGAUGUUGCAAAUUUGCAACCAGACUUUGGUGCACUAAAAAACUGUCCAGGAAUGGGGAUAGUGGUAACGGCAAUUGCUCCUCCAGAGUCUGGAUUCGAUUUUCACAGCAGAUUCUUCUGCCCAAAGCUUGGAGUCAAUGAGGACCCUGUUUGUGGAAGUGCUCAUUGUGCAUUAGCACCUUAUUGGAGCAAAGAACUGGGGAAGUGUGACUUUAUUGCAUAUCAGGCAUCACCAAGAGGAGGGGUAUUGAAUAUUCAUCUAGAUGAGCAAAAGCAAAGAGUGUUUUUGCGAGGAAAAGCCAUUACUGUGAUGGAGGGAAUACUUUUGGCUUAAUGUUUGUUUUCAAUUCAAUGAUUUAUAGAUGAGUCGCGUUGUGGGCAGGUUCCUUAAAGUUUAUAUUUGAAAUUGCUAUCGGGUAAACUGAGGACUGAGCCACAAGAACUGCUUGUCCCCUCUGUUGUUGAAAUAUUUCCAAUUUAAAUAAAUUGUAAGAAAAAAAAAAA